AUGACUUCAAGAAGUGAUGCUUAUCAUGCGGUUAAAAGAGGUCCGAUAAAAUUCAAAGGAAACAAAUCGUUGUUUAAAUCUGAUAAAUCGAAGAGAAAGAAGAAAAUGGAGAAAGACCGUGACGUGGCGCCUGAUCCAGAUGUUGAGAUUCACGGUGGCUGGAGGUCGAUAGAUGAUGAAACUGAUCUUCGGGGUGGUAUAAAUAUAUGCAUCGAAUGUGAUACAAUGCCCGGAACAUACCUAGCUGCUAUGGACAAUGGCCGGUUUACGAUUGGUGGACCACAUUUGGCUGGUGAAGGACCAAAUCCAGAAGAAAUGCUUACAUUAAUAAAAACACCAGAUGACAUGCUUAUCAGCAUAAAAACGGGUUUCGGCAAAUAUGUUGGCGUGGAUUCAGAAGGGAACCUUAUAGCCACAGCUGAUGCUGUUGGUGUGAGGGAACGAAUGAUUGUAGUCUUCCAGGAGGGUAAAAUCGCAAUGCAGUCUGCUUCAAAUAAUCUCUUCUUGAGCAUGAAACCUAAUGCUGAAGGUUACGUACAUGUCACAAGUCGGAAAGCGGGAGCUGAUGAAAUGAUUAAGUUAAGGACCGAUGCCAAAAAAGAGGGACCAGUUGACUGGCGUUCAGAAGAAGAUAGAAAAUCCGCUGCCGAAUGUGAAACAAGCUAUGUGAAAAUGUAUCAGCACUCAAAAGUUGCUGUAAAAGGAAAAUACAUAAAUAUCAAUUUGGACGAUAAAGGGUCCGUACAUCGCGCCCAACAAGAAGGCAAUUUGCAUGAACUGUUGCUGGAACGUCGAGUUAAAACAAAAAGUGAUAAAUAUUGUUAG